AUGAAGACGAGAUGGGCAGACGACGAAGACGACGCGGCAGCCGAAGCGCAACGCAAGCGCGAGAAGGAAGAGAAGAAGCGAGCCAAAGCAGAGAAGGCGCGGAAGCUUGAGGAAGCUGAGAAGCUCCGCCAGCAAGAAGCUCAAGCAGCAGCAACCGCCAGCAAUGGUGCCGGCAACGGCACACACCACUUGUCAGAGAGGCCGGCGAAGAGGAGAAGGGUGUCGUCUGAAGGAGAACGGGAGAGUUCACAAGCUCAACCAGCUCAACCCAGAAAGCUCUUGCGCUUCGCCGCGCCGGAAUGGGGCCCCUGCCGCCAUGUCGACAACUUCGAGCGCCUCAAUCACAUAGAAGAGGGUUCGUAUGGGCUUGUGUCAAGAGCUAGGGAGACGGCAACGGGGGAGAUUGUGGCCCUCAAGAAGCUGAAGAUGGACACGGCGACCGAUGGCUUCCCGGUCACGGCGCUGCGUGAGAUACAGACAUUAAAGGCGUCGCGACAUCGGCACAUAGUGGAUCUGAGGGAGGUGGUGGUUGGCGAUACACUCAAUGACGUGUUUCUGGUCAUGGGCUUCCUGGAGCACGACCUCAAGACCUUGCAAGAGGAUAUGGCAGAGCCUUUUCUCCCAUCGGAGAUCAAGACGCUGCUGCUGCAGUUGAGCUCUGCGGUGGAGUAUCUGCACGACAACUGGAUAUUACAUCGGGACCUUAAGACUUCUAACAUCCUCAUGAACAAUCGAGGAGAGAUCAAGAUAGCCGAUUUUGGCAUGGCACGGUACUUCGGAGAUCCUCCGCCGCCUAACAUGACACAGCUAGUGGUGACGCUGUGGUAUAGAGCCCCGGAACUGCUGCUGGGUGCGGACAAGUACGAUCGCGCGAUCGACAUGUGGAGUCUGGGCUGCAUCUUUGGUGAGCUCCUAAACAAGGAGCCUCUGCUACAGGGCAAGAACGAGGUAGAUGAGCUGUCUAAGAUCUUCGAGCUCUGCGGCAUCCCGACGGAAGAGACUUGGCCAGGCUUCAAACGGCUCCCGAAUGCAAGAUCGCUACGUCUACCGCCCAGCAAGCAGAAUAUCGGCUCGGUCAUCCGCGCCAAAUUUCCCUUCCUCACCACGACCGGAAGCCAACUGCUAAGCUCACUACUCUCGCUCAACCCUGCGCUGCGACCUACGGCUAGCGAGGUGCUUGCUCAUCCCUACUUCAGAGAGGACCCUCGGCCGAAGUCGACGGCAAUGUUUCCCACUUUCCCUUCGAAAGCCGGGCAGGAGAAGCGCAGAAGGCACGCAAGUCCUGAUGCGCCCAUGAGAGGCGACGCACCAAGAAUGCCUGGUGAGCUGGACUUCAGCGGUAUCUUCGCUGGACGGGAGAAUGAGGAGAGCGGUGCUGGGUUUCAGUUGAAGUUGAUUUGA